GGAGCUGCCUCCCCCGCGCCGGGGGGUUGGACCGGGCCGGGCGGCCCCGCGGGGCCUGGCGGCGGCUCCCGAGCUGGCGCGGGCGGGGAGGAGCGGGAGGAGGAGCCGCGGCGGCCUGUGCGCCAAAGCCCCGUGCGCAGCGCGCUGGUGACCAGGAAGCAGAACCGCGCCGGGGCUGCCGCUGGGGCGGGCGGCGGGCGGACCCCACCUGAGCCCCGCUGCUCCCCCCCGCCGCCCCCGCGGGCGGGAGGGAGGCGAGCGCUGCCCCUUCCCCUGCGCCGGAGCGAGGCGAGCGGGAGGCGGCGGGCGGCCGCGCCGCUAAGCCGCUUAGGGCCGGGGCGGGCAUGAGCCUCCCCGGCGGGGCGGCUGCCGCUGCGGGCUGCGCGCUGCGGCGCGGAGGCUGAGGCAGCGGGGCCGCCGCGCCGUGCCCGCGGAGGAGGAGGAGAAGGAGGAGGAGAAGCCCCGCUGCGCCGAGGCGGCGGGGGGGGAAGAUGGGGAACUGCCUCAAGUCCCCCACCUCGGAUGACAUCUCGCUGCUGCACGAGUCGCAGUCGGACAGGGCCAGCUACGGCGACGGGACCGAGCCGGACCAGGAGCCGCCGCCGCCAUAUCAGGAACAGGUCCCUGUUCCUGUCUAUCAUCCAACUCCUAGCCAGACUCGGCUAGCAACACAGCUGACAGAAGAGGAACAGAUCAGAAUAGCGCAGAGGAUAGGCCUUAUUCAGCACCUGCCUAAAGGAGUCUAUGAUCCCGGAAGAGACGGCUCUGAGAAGAAGAUCAGAGAAUGUGUCAUUUGUAUGAUGGACUUUGUUUAUGGGGACCCCAUCCGAUUUCUGCCGUGCAUGCACAUUUACCACCUGGACUGUAUAGAUGACUGGUUGAUGAGAUCCUUUACCUGUCCUUCCUGCAUGGAGCCAGUGGAUGCAGCACUGCUUUCAUCAUAUGAGACUAACUGAGCCAGGGUUUCUCCACUGAACCUUCAAGGAGACCAUCCGCUUCACUGGGUUUGAUCCUUUUGUCAUUCAGCCCAAAGAGCCAGGAAUUAGGCAUUAAGAUCAUGCACAAAAUAUACAUUUCCUAAAUAAAAUAAAUAAAAAUUAUUCCUGAAUGGCUGCAAAUAUUGGAAAAAAACAUAAUAUUUUAGAGACUAUAGAAAAAGUAGGUUGUUAUUUUUAAUGUAAAGCCUUGACCCACCAUUGUCCUUUAAUGUUUGUUCUUACACCCGUAUAUAGGCAUUGUGUAAAGUGUUACAGCAACUGUAAAUGUUUAAACUGCGUGUAUCCAAUUUUAUUAGCAGCAAGAUAAGAGUAUUUUUUUCCUAAAUAAAGUAACCAGUUUUGUUCUGAUUCUUUUCACAAGUCCUGGCAUUUGGGUCAAGGCUUUAUUAAAAUCUACAUUUUAUAACACACUGGCACAAAGAAAUAGUUUUAAGCUUGUUUGCACAGUUUUUUUUUUCUUUUUUUUUUUUCCAUUGGAGAUGGAAUUCAUUGCCUUAGGUCUUUUUAAUAGUGUGUUAUUAUUGUUGGGCUGGCUCUGUGCUUGAAAACCAGUUUAUUUAUAACCUGUUAAAAGUGCUAUAUUUUGUUUGCAGUUAGGAAUAUGCAGAAUUCAAAGUGAUCUCCUAGCUUGUAAGCAAACUGAGAUGCAUUAUCCCUUUUCUGCAAGUGAGGCUGAAUAUGGAGAUAUGAAACAAGUCUUACAUUAAAAUUAUGACUUCAUGGUUUAUGUGACUUGCUUGGGUUUUGAUGAAACAAUGAUUCUUAAACUUUAGUAUGUCACCUUUAACUUGAUCAAGUUAAAAGUGGGCCAGAUGGACAAUAAAUGCUAUCACGAUUGGAGAAGAAAAAAAAACAAAGUAUAUUUGGAACAAAUGUAGCAUUAGUGUUGAUAACUUAUUCAACUUUUUUGCUCCCUAAAAAUGGUUGGUUUUGAUGACAGUAAAAGGAUACUGCAUCUCUUGUUCCUGUAGUUCUUAGGUUAUCAGAAGUUAAGAAUAAACAUACUGUAUCUCAGUCUCCUGUAUUAAAUGUAUCUGUUAAGCCCUGCUGGCUGACACAUCAGUCCACCAAGCAGCUAUGAAAUCAGAUAUGAGAAAAAUAUAUUUUAUGUUCUGCACAUAAAGGCAAAGUUUAUAUAAACACAGAAUUUCAUAGUAGCAAUUGAGAGGGGAAAUAGUACUGCUAAAGCCAGAAUGACACAAUUAUCUAAUUUUGCAGCAAAAAAGUAUGUGCUUGUUAAGAGAUGGUCUAGCAAAGACUGUAGUUGUAAAGUCCUCUUAUCCACUUAGCAUGUUUAUUUUUUUUCCUUAAUGUACCCUACUGUGACUUUUAUAUGUUCAGUGCAACACCGACACGUUGAGAAGUCUUGGUCUUGCAAAGUGAGAUGCAGUCUCAAGUUAACCGCAACAAAUCAGGGAUCAUUCUUGAUUGUUUUGCAUAUAUAGUUUGAGUACUUGGUAUAACAAGUUGCAUUUAAGGAGCCAAGUACUUUGAAGACUCUGUGUACUCACAGUAUAGAGGAAUUAGGCAUGUCAUGGGCAAUUUUUGGAGGGUUGGUCAGCAGCAUGUAGAAUCAACAUGUUGGUUUAUUUAUUACUGUUGCUGCUGACAGCAACCUGCUCUCUUACAGAAGAGCUCUGAGUAGCCUUCAGAAGCAAGUUAAAGCAGUCAACAGUUCUGGAUUCACUGAAAUUGCUAUACAUUUAUCUGGACACAAUUUUUUGCUUAAUUCAUACCUACUUAAUUACACUGAGCAAAAUCUGAGAAGGCAGACCUGAAGUUGUGCAAUAUCUUUCAUUGGGAAAUCAUUGUUCCUUUUCAUCAUUCCAUGUGUGUUCUUUUGUGUCCUCCUCCUUGUCUGUUUGUUUUGGGGUUUGUUUUUUGUUUUUACAUAAAGCAUAAUGUCCACGUAAAAUAUUAGUUUCUUUUAUCUUGUUAAAACUGGCAAAUGAACAAUUUUAAAAAACA